AAGAUGAAAUAGAGAAGUUACAAUGUUACAAUAGGAUAUUUUCACUCAUUGAAGUAUGAAUUUCCAGGCAAAGACCAUUGCAGCAAUUAUAUGGACAGAUCACCGGCUUACCGCGAUGUAUUCAACAGAACUGAUGACGACUGUAGAAUAACAAUGGAGGAAUGUUACCAAAAGCUACUCAAUAACCAGUCAAACACAUGCUCAUUGAAAUCUACAAGUUACUCAAUCUGGUUUUGUGGACAUGAUGUGCCAAAGAAUGAAUGCAAUGUGCAGACGGCUAAAAGACACAUUGAGUCAUUCUACGGAUUUAUAGGCUUUUUGGAAUAUUAUGAAGCAUCUUUGGAUCUACUUGCCCGGAUUUAUCCUAAAUUAUUUCAUGAUGUCAGGAAGAUUCUCGCAACCCUCAAAAUUCAUAACAAAACAAUUGGUAUUCAUAAAGUCCGACCUAGUAAUCCUAAGGUCAUUGAUUAUAUCAAGAAUGUUAUUUUGAAAACUGAUUAUGAUAUCUAUAGAUUCACUUUGCAUAGAUUUUAUGGAAUCGCUAAACUUCAUGGAGUCAGAAUUAAUCACUAUUAGCAACUGUUCCAAUGUUCUAGAACAAUAUUUUGGUGCACAAAAUUUGAGACUUUGAAAGAAAUGCCAUCCUUGACAGAAGUCAACAUCUUCAAAAGGCUAACUGAUCUGAAGUUCUAGCAGACCAAUGAGCAGUCUUUGAAAGAGGUGAAAUAAAGUAAGAAGACAUGGGUGUAUACGUAUUUUCUUGAUUUUGAUCAAAAUUUUUUAAAACUUCUCGUUUAAAGAUAUAUAGGGUGUUUCAUAUACUGUAGAUGCAUCCGCCUCCUAACUCAAAGAACAUGUCACCACCUGUUUGGAGGCUAUAACAAUACGUCUCCGCCUUUGGUGGUUUUUCAAACUACAAAUUUUAAGGGAUUCAAUGCAUGUGAUUCCCUGGAAUCUAGAUGACAAGACCAUGAUGACAAAAUUUAUUGAAAUACUUUCAAAAUUGCCACCAGAAAACAAGAUGGCCACCCAAAAGUUAAUCAGCUCUAACAUUUGGUAUGCUCUAGCAUGUUUACGAAUAUGAAGAAGAUCUAAUUGGCAGUGUUCCUUAAAUCACAAUGACUAAAAAGUGGGAUGGGAUGCCCACAAUCACGCCACCAACAUGUCAAAGAUAGCCCAUUGGUCAAGUGAUAAAAAUUUAUCACGCUUUUUGGCCUGUCUGGGUAAGGUGGUGGGGGUCGAACAAUAUUACAUACAUUUUCAUGUUAAAUGUCUUCUAACUAGGAUGAAUUGGUCUUCUAACAACAAUGAAAUAACAUAACGUAUGAAAAUGCAAUAUUACAGAAUGAAGACAUUACAAGAAUUUUGUCCCAAUUGAUUUAAAAUGGCGUACUACACUUUGAGCGCAUCCUGAGAAGCAAUUAGUCUUCUAACAACUGGUAAAAUCUAAUAUUUAUUUUUUGAUUAAAAAAAGAUGGCAUUUUAAUCGUUGUGAUAUUGUCAUGGUUAUUAAGGAAAUCUAAUAUCAAAAUGAGGUAGUGUGCUAUAGUGGGGUAAUCAGGUCAGUGGAUAUAG